CUGGGCAGCGCCGAGACCGGCAGAAGUCGAGCCGGGGAGGUCUUCCGCUUUCGCUUCCAGGGGAGCCGGUGGGCUCGGGACCCCUCCCGCUGAGGGUUGCUGCAGUGGGUGGAGACCGCGGGGCAAGCCUAAAGAAGUGGGGGGGCCAAAGUGGCCGUGGAGGACGAGCUGGGUCGGAGGCGGCAGGACGAGGCGACCGGACAGCAGUUGGCGAGAGAGAUCUAUCUGUGCAGGGAGACCGGAUACUCUCUUCCUCAGCUCGGAGCGGGGGGGCGCGCGGGGGCGGUGAAGUUGGACACGAGGGAUCACUGACACUUCGUGAAUGGCACCGGGCAGGUGAAGAGGAGCUGAGGUCUCCCGAAGGCGCCGAGAGGGCAGCCGGAGGAGGAGCUGUCAAGCCCUGGCAGAGAGCCUGGGCGGGAUCCAGAGCGACUUGAGGCGGGGAAGGCGCAGAGGAGCCCAGAAGGCUGCAGUCGUCCCGCAGGAGGAGAAACAGAACAGGGACAAGUGGCGCUUCUUCACUGGUUCCGGUGGCAGGAAAUCUCGGGGCCAUGGCUGUCACUGAGGCUUGCCUCUCUCUGCUUGUGAUGGUGACUACCAUGAUGGUCACGGCUGGCUGCAGGCAAUUGGCCUGCCGCUCUGUACCCCCUAAAUCCCAUGCCCAUUGCUUCUUCCUGGAGUUAACUGGUGCCUUCCAGAUAUGUGCUUGUACUCACGAGCUUUGCCUGCUGGCUGAUCUGCCACCCAAACCACACAUGGUGCUCACCCUCGUUUUCAUCUUCACUGCUCUCCAUGGCUUGACUUUGCCAGGCAGUACCAACAACCCCUCCAGCAGCUUUCAACUUCUCUACAAGGGUAGGAUCCCAGUCAAGACCUGGUGGCUACACACUUCAGCUCAGUUCACUGGAGCAGUCAUGGCUAAGGUCUACAUCAAAUUAAUCUGGAGACUGGGGAUCCUACCAGUGCAUUCAAAGGCACUGGCAGAGAACUGCAGCCACCCCAUCCAAACCACCCUAGCAAAUGCUUUCAUCCUGGAGCUUUGCUUCUCCUUCCUGCUCCAUCUGACCUUACUGCAGCUUGAAACAAUGAAUCACAACACAAAAAUCCAUCUAGUCGCUUUGCUGAUCACCGUGUUGGUAUAUGAAGGAGGACAUCUCACAGGAGCCAUAUUUAACCCAGCUCUGGCUUUUUCCAUGCACUUAAGUUGCUUCUCUGAAAAAUUUUGGAAUUACAUAUUGGUGUACUGGAUAGCACCCUGCAUAGGGUCUGUGUUGGUGGUCAUAGCAUGGGAUGAAGUCCUUCCCUUACUACGCAGAGAAAUGUAAACUGGUAGAAAGAAGCUCAAUAAACUGUUAACAAAACGGAUUCAGCCACAGGCUAUGCAGAAGACAGACAGCACACUUGAAUCCAUCUUUGAAAUGUUUAUUUUUGGAACAUUCUUAUACCAUUUUAUAAUACAGUAUUUGCUGGUACCCUGAAAACAGGAUUGAUAUAUUUUUGAAACUGAGUCAUUUAUUUCAAUCUGAUAACUUUAACUUCGACAUUCCUUUUUGACUUACCCUUUGACAUUUCCCCCUUUUUGCCUUCCUCCCAUCUGUUUGUGCAAUUCAUAUGGUUCAGCUCAUCAAUUCUGGGAAGGAAGCAGCCUCAAGUUCCUUACCUGCACCUUGCCCAUCCUCCUAAUUCUUUAGAAUGCAGGCUGUUUUCUUAAGCCUCAUCCCAGGCAGCUCUCCAGCUGCUAAUUAUCUAGAUACAACCUAAUUACUUCUGCUCCCUUCCCUGAAUGACAGCUGUGCACACUUGCAAUUUGAGAUGGGCAUGACCUAUUCAUCUCAAUUCGUCCCAGUUCGUCAAGGCAAUAGCACAGAUGUUGCUGCUCCUCUUUCCCCUCUCCUCAGCCAAUCAGCUAAACAUCAGGCCCAGUGUGCUUGUUUUUCUCCACCUCCUUGGCUAAUCUUCCAAUCAGGAGCAAGAGCACAGACUUCUUUGCCCCACUCUUUUGUCUGAGUGAACAAUCAACCAACAGGGCGGGGCAGAAAAGCCUGAGCUCUUGCAGAGACUGGGAGAUCAGUUGAGGUGGUGCAGGCAGGUAGGAUGCUGGUCCUGGCGAGGGGAUGAUUGAACUGGAGGUGGUGGAAGAGUGGAGCAGCAGCCCCUGUCCUGCCGCCUUGAUGAACUGGGACAAAUUGAGAUGAAUAGGUUCAUGCCCAUCUCUAGCUGCAAUUAUUUCAAAGAAAUGAUAAUCCCAAAUAAUAUUCACUGACAUGAUUUUACAAAGCAGACAAGGACGAAAACCAUGUCAUGUUAAUGAUUUUGGACUAGCAAAUUGUAGAAAUGUUACAUCUCAUGCCAACCUGUUUUAUGUUCAUUUAAUGAAAUAAUCUGCGAACUUAGCAUUCCCCCAAGGACCCCCACAGACUAGCAUAGGCAUCCUUCAGUCUCGAGAGACUAUGGUAACAUGCUCUGAACCGAGGAGUGUCAU